AUGGACGCAACUGCGAGACGACUGGCCGAUCUGGAAGAAGCAAUUCGGUUAGGCCGAUCCGCUGUCCAGGAAACCCCAAAAGGCCACCCGCGUCGGCCAUUAAACCUGGAUGACCUUGCUAUGCUCCUAUCAGAACGAUUCUCGAUAAGCGAUUUAACUGCCGAUCUCGAUGAAGCUCUCAACCUUACACAAGAAGCACUUGAUGCGACGCCAACAGGCCAUACAAACCGGCCACUCUAUCUCAGCAAUCUUGCCGGACUAUUUAAUGAAAAAUUCUGUCAUCUGAAUUCUGCAACUUAUCUUGAAAAAGCCAUUCUACUUCAACAAGAGGCAGUCAACUGUCUACCGCCAGAAAGUGAUGACCGAUUCUGUGAUCUUGGUCGGUUAGGACAACUGCUAGAUGAAAAAUAUAAGCAAACUGGAGCCGAAACCGACCUCAACAGGACGAUAUUGAUUUUCAAAGAAUGCGUAAGUAUUUCCUCUGAAGAUAGCGAGUAUGAGGACCGCUUUCACGCAUUCUAUCGUCUUGAGUGUUUACUCCAUGAGAGAUUUUUGAAACAAAAUCAAGUAUCAGAUCUCGAGGAACUUAUUCAACUGAUUCAAACAUUCUUUGCCAAGGAUAGAGAAACCCAUGUGAUUUGGGUCGAGCAUUUUGCCUUCCUAAGUGGUCUUCUAGAGGAAAUGUAUUCCAGGACUGGAUCGGAGAGAUGUAUUGAAGAAGCGAUCAGCUUCCUGCAAGAAGCUAUAGAGGCAUCUCCUCAGAGUCAAAAAGACCAUGCUGGAUAUUUGAACAAAUUAGCCCUUCUAUUUGGCACGAAAUACAGCAUUUACAAGUUGCCUACCGAUCUUGAAGAGGCUAUUCGAUUGCACCGAGAGGCUGUGCAAAAUGCAGACAUCCCUGAUGCAUUAUAUGUCAACUCCUUGCACGACCUAGCAGUUAGCCUUAGUCUGAGAUAUUCAGUAUCUCAAACCGAAUUUGACAUUAGCGAGGCGAUUCAGAUGGAACGGCAAGCGGUCAUGAAAACCGCGAAGCAUGAACCACAAUGGGAAAUAUACGCUAAAGCUCUGAUGAAGAUGGUUUCCGCGAGAUAUAUCCAGCUCCAGGACCUUGCUGACCUUGAAGAAACAAUUCAACUUGGUUUUGAUCUUGUGAGAACACUACCAAAAACCCACACGAGCUACUGGGAAUGUAUGGGAACGCUGCUGCCACAUUUCUUCAACCGAUAUCGGAAAACAGGAUCCGUAGCAGGCCUCGAAGAGAAUAUCUGCCUUUUACAGGACUCUUUGGAAACGUGGUCCGAUUAUGAUGCACAACGGCUGUGGUAUCUAGAACGUCUCAUAUGCUUGUACCUUGUUAAGUUCGAAGUGUACCAGGUAAUGGACGACCUUGAGGAGGCAAUUAAAAUCAGCCACUUGGCAUGCGAGACAGCUUCAAAUGGAGAGGAGAUCAAUUCAGAGCCCCAGUGGAGAAUGCAUAUAUCACUACUCAAUAUGAAGCUUGAGCAGAGUGGCACGCCGAUCGACCUCGAAGAAGCUAUUGCUGCUAGCCGGUCAGCGAUAGAAGCCAUGCCAAAGGGCGAUCACUCAGAAUGGCUCUGGUCCCUAGACAUUCUUGGAAACCUCUACCAAGAACUUUACGAAAAAACAUACUCGAUGGAUGAUCUUGAUGAGUCCAUUCGACUUGGGCGACAGACUGUCAAAGAAGCAUCGGAAACCCACCCGCUCCGUGCUAUCUUUUGCAACAACUGUUCGGGUCACCUCUGCAGAAGAUUUGAUGCAACCGGCUCUUUUCCUGACAUUGAGGAGGCGAUUGAACUACAGAAAGAAGCUUUGAGAUUAACUCCACAAGAUGCCGAGCAUCGUGUCGGCAUCUUGGCAAAUCAUCGACAUGCGCUUCAAGCGAGAUAUUCCCAGACAGACGUCUUGUCCGAUCUAGUGGACGGCAUCAGCUACGGACGAGAGUGUCUGAAUAAAGCAUUAGAGACUGACCCAGGUCGCUUGAAACACCUUGUCAGCAUGAUACCGCUUCUCAACGCCAAGUAUAUCAGAAUGGGUUCAAUGAAUGAUUUUGAAGAAGCAAUGGGGCUUGGCCAAAACGCUUUGCAAAUUCUGGCAACCUCUGAUCCCCUGCGAGCAAGUUGCCUGCAACAUCUUUCACAUUUACUGGGAUCCAAAUACUUCAAGAUGGGAUCAUGUCAGGAUAUCGACGAAGCCAUUCGACUUGCUACUCUGCUUCUCGGGAGAUAUAGAAGAACGAGAACAGUGAUUGAUGUUGAAGACGCUAUCCGGAUUAAAAAGGAAGCACUAUCUGUCACGCCUAAAGAUCAACUCGGCUAUGCAGCUUGCUUGGCUGGUCUUGGAGAAGCACUUGGCGAACGUUUUCAAAUCACAGACUUGGUAGAAACCCUUGAAAAAGCGAUUGAAGUGACCGAAGAUGCGAUCAAAUCGGGUGGCGAUUAUAUUUGGUGCUGGCAGAGCCUGGGGGUUUUGCGUGGCAAAAGAUAUCUCAGAUUGGGAGAUAUAACAGACCUUGAAGAAGCUAUCCGGCUAGGUAACAAAGUGAUCAAAUCGACCCCCGAGUAUUACCCAGACAGAUCCAGGACUCUGUUGGAGCUUGCACAACGUUUAAAUGAACGAUAUGCGCACACCUUCUCGAUUUCCGACCUGGAUGAUGCCAUCAAACUUGCGAGAGAGGCUAUGCAUAUCACCUUGGAAGGCCAUCCGGAUCAAAUCUGGAUCUCUGGUUUCCUCGGAGCGCUACUGGGUCAAAAAAGCACAAGAAACGGUUCAGUGGAUGACUUGGAGAGUGCCAUAGAGUUUAGCCAACGAGCAGUUAGUGAGCCGGCCGAAACGACCCAAGACCAGUCAAUGUGGUAUAAUAGCCUCGGAAUUCUGUUCACGCAUAAAUAUAAGAGGUCUGCUUCGAUAGAGGAUAUUGACCAGGCAAUUCAGUUCUGUAAGCAGGCUGUUAAUGUCAUUCAACAAGAUCGACCAGAAUAUGUCGCUUAUUUGAACAACCUUGGGGGCUCGCUGCACGCUAGAUAUUUAGACACUGGAUCGGUGAGCAAUCUACAUGAGGCUAUCGGGGUCUCACAAAAUGCGCUAGAUGUCACCCCAGGCAACCAUCCCGACAGAGGGUUGUGGGCUCAAACACUUGGGAUUAUGCUAUACUCUCGGUUUAUGGAAGGUAAAUCAAAGGUUGACUUACAGGGAGCCCUUGAAAAUCACCAAUAUUGUCUAGGUCAUUCCUAUCUAUCAGUACGACAUCGCAUACGAUCAGGUCGAAAUGUGGUGAGAAUGCUCACUGAUUCUGAAGAUUGGCAACAAGCCUACACUGCUGCUCAAACCUCUAUAUCUUUAAUCGGAAAACUUCUUUUUAGACACAUUAUCAAUUCGGACAGACUAGCGAUCCUUGGUGAAAUACAAAGCAUCGCGCUUGACGCCGCCGCUGCAGCAGCAAAUGCAGAUAUGGAUCCGUACGUAAUUCUCAGCUUCCUGGAGCAGGGCCGUAGCAUGCUUGCAUCAGCUCUUCAGGAUUUCAGGAUAAAUCUUUCUGAAUUGGAAGAGGACCAUCCCAAACUAGCAAAGAAGUUUGCUUCUCUUCGAGAUGAACUAGACCGAUCGACUACGCAUACCGGAUUUCAAACUAUUCCCGAAGCAGCCUGGGAUGCCCAGUCUCUCCGGCUUUAUGAGGCAGGAAAGGAAUUUGAAGAGUUGGUAGCCGAGAUACGCGGCAAGGUUGGGUUGGAAGACUUUUUGCUCGUGCCGGAUAUGAAAAAAAUGCAAGAGGCUGCCAAGAGUGGCCCAGUUGUCAUUAUCAACGUCAGUGAAAUCCGCUGUGAUGCUGUCUUGAUCAAGCAAGAUAAGAUCCAGCUACUUCCUUUGACAGAGCUUGACAGCAACCAGGUUGGAUUCUAUGCAGAGCAAGGUAGAUAUGGGAGCUCUGAAGUUCUCGAAUGGCUUUGGGAUACGAUCGCGAAUCCUGUAUUGGGUGCCCUUGGUUUUGAUAGCGUUCCCUCCGGGUCUGACUGGCCACAUGUCUGGUGGAUUCCCACAGGAGCCCUCAGCUUAUUGCCUAUUCAUGCAGCCGGAUACCACUCUAGGGACAACUCGGAGACAGUCCUGGAUCGAGUGAUAUCGUCAUAUAGCUCAUCCGUGAAGGCGAUUCUACAUGGUCGCGAUCAACUGCCGCCGCGUUUCACAUCAAGCCAGAAAGCAGUUCUAGUCGCAAUGGAGGACACACACGGGCAUUCGAAAUUGCCCUUUGCAGCUAAAGAAGUCGCUGGUCUUCAUGAUCUCUGCAGGUCGAUGGGCCUAGAACCAAUUGAACCACCACGCCGCAAGAACGAUGUUUUAUCCGAGUUACUUGACUGCAAAAUAUUUCAUUUUGCCGGGCAUGGAUACAUUGAUAGGACUGAUCCAUCCAAGAGCACGCUCAUUCUAGACGAUGCAAGGAGUGAUCCUUUGACAGUAGCGACUCUUUUGGAAACAAAUAUCCGCAAGCAGUUUCCGUUUCUUGCUUACCUCUCUGCAUGCAGCACUGGACGAAAUGAAUCAGAGAGCUUGUCUGAUGAGGGCAUACAUCUGAUCAAUGGGUGUCAGGUGAGUGGCUUUCGUCACGUCAUUGGCACACUUUGGGAAGUCAAUGAUGAACUUUGUGUGAAUAUUGCCAAGAUUACAUAUGAAGCAAUGAAGGACGGCGGAUUAUCGGACAAGUCGGUUGCUCAAGGAUUGCAUAAUGCGGUCCGGAGCGUUCGAGAUGAAUGGUUGCAGAAGCAUGAAAUGCACGGGAAUAGAGCCUCUUUGAUCCAAAAACAAAAUACUAUGUCUGGGGAUGAAAUCAGUCAUUUGGAGGAUCGAGAUCAAGUGAAAAAAGACCGGCUUCCUAGAGAUGUCGUUCCCUGCGACGCAGAUAAGAACAUGGGUUCAUUGCAAUGGGUUCCUUAUAUGCAUUUUGGAGUAUAG